AUGGAUUUGACUGAUCCAAAAGUUAAAAACUCGGAUAAACUUGAAAUCUGUCGCAAGUUUUUCUUCGGCGGUUUCGCACUCCUGCCCUGGCUCUGGCUUGUCAACGGCGUUUGGUUCUUCCGAGAAGCGUAUUUCAAAGAGCCCUUCGACGAGCAGAUCAGAAUUCGAAAAUAUGUAAUGUACUCAAUAAUUGGCGCUACGGUUUGGAUAGCGGGACUGACCGCCUGGAACUGCGUCUUUCAGAUGAAUCGUGCGUCUUGGGGUGCAACUGGCGACGUUUUAUCAGCCUACAUUCCCGUCGGAAUCCCAUAG